AUGUACUAUGUUGAUAAUGUGCCAAACACAGAAAUUUUGUGCCCACAUGAUAAUCCUCAAGGUCUCCAUCUGAUAGAAGAUUUCUUAAGUGCAGAUGAGGAAAAAGCUUUCAUAGAACUAUUUGAUUGGGAGGACACAGAUUCAAAUCUAAAAAAUCGCCAAGUUAAACAUUUUGGCUAUGAAUUUCGAUAUGGCAGCAAUGAUGUAGAUCUGGACGCUCCGCUUCCUCAAAAAAUACCAAAGGAUUGCGAUAUACUCUGGACUAGAUUAAAGCAAAUUGGAAUUGAUAUAGGGCCUCCUGAUCAGUUGACUGUAAAUAAAUACAUUCCAGGGCAAGGUAUUCCAUCUCACGUGGACAGGCACAGUCCGUUUGAGCCAACAAUAUUGUCGCUUUCCCUGGCUUCCUCAGUGGUGAUGGAUUGGAAACAUCACAGCGGAAUAAAUCUACCAAUACUUGUACCAGCCAGGUCGAUGCUAGUCAUGCAGGGAGAAGCGAGGUACGAUUGGCAGCACGGCAUCCAGCCUAGAACCUGGGACCCGGUGAUCGAGAGGCGCACCGUGCAGGGCCGCGCCGUGAAGGUCAUCACGGGUGACUCCGUAAACCGAGGCGUCAGGAUAUCCCUGACGUUCCGCUGGACUCGGCGCGGAGAGUGCCCUUGUCUGUACAAGGCCCUGUGCGAUACAGCGCCGGAGACUGGGGAGGACCUGGACGACUUGGUCGCCGCUAAUCUCGAGGAACUGCACGUUCACCAGGUGUACGAACAGAUCUCCAGACACUUCAGCAGCACCCGCCACUCCGCCUGGCCCAAGGUGGUGGAGUUCCUCCGCGAGGUGCCACCCGGCUCCGUGCUCCUGGACCUGGGCGCUGGCAACGGCAAGAACAUCCUCAAUCGGAGCGACAUCCUCCAGAUAGCCGGCGAGCGAAGCAUCGGCCUAUUGGAGGAGUGUAAACGCAACGUUGGCUCAGUGGCGGGGGCCGACUGCGUGCGGCUUGACAUGCUGAGGGCCGGGGUUCGGGACGGCUGCGCCGACGUCGUCAUCUGCAUAGCGGUCGUUCACCACUUCAGCAGCCAGUCGCGGAGGGCCCAAGCGGUCGCAACAAUCGCGCGAUCGCUUCGCCCCGGCGGUCGCGCCCUCAUUACCGUGUGGGCGAAAGACCAGAUGAAAUCCAAUUACUUGUGCAAGAAGAAAGAGAAGGAGGUCCACACGAACAGCGUAGUCGAAGUAGCCGGCCUCAACCUACCGGUCCACGAGAACAGAACCCAGUUUCAACAUAAGGACCUGCUUGUACCGUGGAAACUUAGAGGCGUCAAGGAAAAUAAACUGGACGAUAAGCCGAAUAGCACGCUUCUAAGGUUCUACCACGUCUUCGAGGAGGGCGAGCUCGAUGAACUAUGCAUUUUAUCCGACCUGAUUGUCGAGAAAAGCUUUUAUGAGGAAGGUAACUGGUGUGUUGUCUGUAAAAAGAUA